GUCAACACUUACAGAUAUUCCAAAAUAAAAUAAAAAUAACAAAUUAUUUAGUAAACAUAAAAUUGGUAAAAAUGGGCAGAAAUUUCCCUAGAGAAGUAAAGUCAACGCCGUCAGUCAGUACGACGCCUCGUGAGACGGUCACUCGAAGGAACAGGCGGAGAAGAAUGAACAGGGCACGAGUAGUGCUUAACCCCCCAACAGCUGGUGAAUUCGUGCCCCACGAAGGACCUGCAGCGAAUUCUGCUAGGCAGCCCAAUCAACAGCAAGGAAAUCCAGUAAGGAUGCGCCGUCAACGGUUCGUCAUUGACCGUCUGCGUAGAUAUCGUGGCGUUUCCUUAGAGUUCGAGGGUGAGCGAUUGGGCACUGCCUUGUAUAACCUCCGUAGGUCGGCCCUCACACGGAAUGCCGUGCUAUUUGAGUCUGUAUUUAAUAAUCCUCACUUAGGGCAUUUCAUAUUGAGACCAAAUAGGGAAGUUCGGGGCGCCGAUGGAAGUUCCAAUGAUCAAAAUCUUCAUCCGGAUGUUCAGCCUACCAAUGAAAAUGAACAAAAUCCGCAUCCGGAAGUUCAGCAUACCAAUGAAAAUGACCAAAAUCCGCAUCCGGAAAUCCAGAACGCCAAUGAAAGUUCCAAUAAUCCAAAUCUGUAUCAGGAGAUUCAGAACGGCAAUGAAAUUUCCAAUCAAAAUCUGCAGCAUGAAGUUCAGAAUGCCAAUGAAAAUUCUAAUGACUCAAAUCUGCAGCAGGAAGUUCAGAAUGCCAAUGAAAAUUCUAAUGAUCCAAAUGUCCAAGUUAAGGAUGCAGAAAGUUCUCAAAAUCUGCACCGAGAAGAUCCAAAUAAGGAAAAUUGACCUUUGAUGAUUUUAUUGAUUUAAAGUACUAUCCCAUUUAGACAUGUUCGAUCCGCAGAGACAAUACCACAUGUAUAACUUGUACUACCUAACUUUGUACGGGAAAAUAACGAUUCGAAAAAUAACCAUUGACGAAAUAUUGAUUAAUAGUACUUGCCAAUUUAGACAUGCUUGAUCUGCAAAGAUAUUUCAACAUGUAUCGUUUGUACUUCAUAAUGUUCUAAAAAUAUGUUAUUCUCGAUGAGUUGUGUACAAAAAUCGUAUUUUCCCAUUUCCUUUUUAAAAUUGUUAAUAAAGUCUUUUGUUCUUGUAUUAUUUCCACA